AUGACACGUACCAAUGUCCCGCCAGAUUAUUGGGGCGAGCUUCGAGCAGAUCACCUAGGAGUGCAAGCACAAGCAGCAUCUAUUGCACAAGAUGAGAUCAUUCCGCCAGCUUCUGUGAGUGACGACGUGUCCUUUAUGCUAGAGGUCAAAAGUCAGUCCGACCGCUUUAGCGAUGAUGAUAGUGAUGGCUCAUCGUACUCGUCGGUCUGCUCCAAGGACGAAUACUCUCCUACGCCAUCGUCGGCUGAGUCCGUCACCUCUAGCUCGCCGUUGUUGCAUCGUGGUCCUCCUGCUGGGUUCAACUCACCGGACGGUGAGGCUACUGAGCUUUCAUUGCUGGAUGGUCAAGAUAAGCCGCGUGAAGGAGUUGAGCGUGAGCUACAGUCACAACUCAGCUUGGAUAUGAAAGUGAGAAGCCCAUUGUCAUCAAAUCUAAACUGCAAGCUGCCACCAGCAGGAAAGAAUACAGGGAAAAGCGAAGAUGACCUCCCAGAUUGGCUGCUGGAGCGUACUACCCUGUCUCCACCUGUUUCAACGACCAAGAUGCCUCCGCGUUCACCACAACAAAUUGAGGACGAGAUUCGAUUCGCCGUCGAUUCAGCUGCGGCUCGUGUCCAGCAAGAGCUUGGCCGUCGUGAACAAUUUAACAGCGAGCUACAGUCCGCAGCGAUGUGGUCUCCAACUCAAGCAACUGCUGACAAGCAGUCAGCGACCUCAAAACCGUUUUCGAAUGGCGGGAAUGACUUAGAGGGGCGUGCGCACGUGUCUGAUGAACUGUUUGGCGCCCAAGAUGAAGAAGAGACGCAACCUAUAGCUGAUCAUGUCGACGCGAAUGAAGUGGAACACGGCGAUCUUUUGCUACUGAUGGAAGUUGUCAUAGGUGACGGCAGAACUGAGACCAUCGAGAUUCACGAGGGGGACAAUCCAGAUAUUUUGGCUUCGGCUUUUGCGCAGAAGCACGCACUGCAACCUGGUUCAGUUCCGAAAUUAAGAAAUUUGAUUCAAGAGCAGCUUAACGCUCUCGCUGAAGCUGAGCCCGAGAAGAAUUUGCAGUCUGAGCUGAUUGUUGAAGACGAAUGGGCGGUCGACGCAGAAUUUGAGCAAUUCGUGAAUGCUAACUCUCGUUCCUUUGCAUUCACUCCGUCUGCCCCAGAGACCAGUCGUGCAAAUGAUGGUGUGGAUAUAGCGUAUAGACCCCAACCUGAACAUCAUACUAAUGCGCCAUGGCAAAUACACGAGCGUGAAAACAAUCGCGAGUUCAACUACAACAAUCUCGUGGCUAGAUAUGGUCAUUCUCAGCAUAGUGGCAAGGUUGACCCCGAAGGACGUCGAUCUGCACCAAGUGGUGCAGCUGCACCAUACAGUGUGCAGACAAUGGAGCACUCACGUUCUGGUGAGCGCGUAUCGGCAUCUUCCAGAGCCCCAGCUUUCACAACUACGGUGCAAGGCACUCGUAGUAGUAGCUCGAAAAAGAAAACCAAUCUUGCUGAUGCACCGGCGUAUGAGCGGCUUCACGCUCUGGCUGAGUCGAAAGAAAAAUGGAUUCAACGCGCUCAGAAAGCGAAAGAACUGGAACAGGUUCGAGAUGAGCAGCGACUGCAACAGGUCGAGCUGAUGGCAGCCAAGUCACGCGAGCUCGUGGCAAACCGUACGAACGGUAACUAUGCGCACAUUGGCGAGCGCCUCCAUGACGAAGCAUUAUCGGAUAUAGCCAGAAAGGUGCAACGACACGAGCGCCGAGUCGUGGAGCGUGAGCAGCAGCAAGACUGGAUGUGUCCGAAAUGUGCGUAUGUGAACCAGUACAAUGACUCUCGAUGUCAGAAUAAAAUGGCACAAAAGCUACGAGCUCAACAUGGUAAAUCCUCGACAGUAUCACACUCAGGACGCCGAGGGACUGCAAGUAGCGCCAAAAGUUCGUUUGGUGUGCAGCCUGAAGUUCUUUGUGGGCAGCCGAAACCUGAGCGACUCUUCCAGCCAACGCUGCUCACAACCUCAUCCAGCGCCAUGAAAGCUGUCAACGCUAACAAAGAGAAAUCAUUUCGGAUGGCGAGUAUGCGGCGCCAGCGACACCAAAGUGCCGUUGCAGAGGAAUUCCAGCAAACUUGCCCGUUCAAACCGAAAAUCAACAACGUAUCGGAGGAGAUUGUGCGUGAAAAACAGGAGACUGCUGCAGCUGUUGCUGCAUUGAACGGCGAGACUCGACGAACCCGAAAUCCUCAUCUUGAGUUGUAUGAAAAUUCGUUCCAGGUUCGAGUCCAGCGAGAAGAACGAGAAGAAGAAUACUUCAAGCAGUUUUCUUUCAAGCCGGAUAUUGGCGUGAAUGCCCUAUGGGUUGCACCUGACAAAUCCCAGAGUGAUUUUGUCGAGCGCCUUGCAGUGGACAAGUAUCACGAGCUGGAGCGGAAGCGUGCUGCCCUUCACGACAAGUAUGCCCCAAACCGAGACCCACAUACAGGUAAAGAGCUGUUUAAGCCAGAAACAGGUCGAGCUCCUGCCUUUGCACGGAAUAAACAAGGACUGCCCAUUGGAGACUUCUUGCAUGCUGCACACCGUGAACAACAGGAGUACCACCGCCAGCUACGGGAGAAGGACCAGCGUGAGAUUGAGAAAAAAUCGCAGCAAACGUUUGUUUCCGAGGCCUCACGCCAAGCGCUUGAGCGACGAAAAGCGGAUACAUGCAUGCGGAUUUUUAAUGCUCUUCUUACAAUGUCUCGUCAACCAUCAACAACUCCGGAGUUUGGUGAAUCUUCAGAGCCCACGAACUGUGAAGAAACGCAAGAGACAAACACUGAAACAGUGAUACCAGUCCGGGUGGAUCUCUCUGCGUUACCAGUUGAGAUCUCGCGUGUGGUAGCAAUCGUAUUUGAGUAUGCAAACCAUGCGCCGAUCUCGCGCGAUGCCUUCUCGGGAUAUAUGGAUCGCCUUGUGCGUGAAGUACCAGGUGUUACCUACUCACAGAUUAUUUUCGUAGCCGAACAUCUUCAAACGGAUAGAGGAGGUCGACAUCGCCACCAAUCGCACCACUCAGACCCUGAACGAGAAGCGGCUCUUGCAGCUGCUGAGCAGAAGGAAUUGACCUUCCAUCCGGUCAUUGACAAGAAUUCGCGUGAAAUUGCCACGAAACACGGUCGACUGUCAGGGUCCAAGGUAUUUGAGGCACUCAACCAGUACUACGAUCACUAUCUCGAGCGCAAGGAGCAGCUUCGCAAGCAGCAGCAACGUGAGUUCAAGAAGUCGCAUCCGUUCCACCCUACACUGGUCACGAAGACUCACCAACGAGAGCCUGCAGCUGCCGCUUUCUACGAUAAAAUCCUAAUGGGCAAUUUCGAUAACUCUGGAAACACCGUGUCCUGGGAAGCCCCGGCCUUCGUACCACCAACAGCAUCGAACCGAAACGCUUGUGUGUCAGCACCCCCCUCUGCACCGCUACAGACUGCACUCUCGAACGCGAGACCUUGUGUGCGCCCAAUCGAGAACGAACGCAGUAGGUUCUACACGGCAGCGUCGGCUGAUGAAGACUUACUUGAAGAAACUACACGAAGUAUUUCUAGAAGCUCGUCAAGUUCCCAGCUGGAAGACGCCGAGCUUACGUCACGAGUGCUCGCAGCGCUGGACGAGAAGCCCGCAUCCACCUCGCCAACGUCCUCAUACCUCCUGACCAAAGCUCUUUCUGUCAACGACGACUCCAGUUUCUCUACAGACAAGGAGUGUUCCGUGCGAUCACCUGAAGACUCGGCUCUGAGUCCGUCGGACUACGAGUUCACGGACAUGUAG